CAGGCGCGGCCUCAGUCUGGCGUCCUAGGAGAUGGACUUGAAACGCCUCCGCGCAUGCGUAGUUCAAGAGGCCGAGGGAGCCCGAAACCUGGGAUUGGGCGGGGCGAACUUGGAGUGCGCUUGCGCACUGCAGACUCUAGUCGAAGAAGCCGCAGUCUCGAGAGCGCCCAGGAGGUGUUUCAGAAGACUCUGGCCAGCCUCUCCUGUGGACCCGGUGUCGUUGGGCUACACCCCGGUUGGGGACGUCUCCCGGGCACGGGAGUGGGCCAUGAUGCCGAUCAAUAAAUCAGAGAAGCCGGAAAGCUGCGAUAAUGUGAAGGUUGUUGUUAGGUGCCGUCCCCUCAAUGAGAGAGAAAAAUCCAUGUGUUACAAACAGGCUGUCAGUGUGGAUGAGAUGAGGGGAACUAUCACUGUACAUAAGACUGAUUCUUCCAAUGAACCUCCAAAAACAUUUACUUUUGAUACUGUUUUUGGACCAGAGAGUAAACAACUUGAUGUUUAUAACUUAACUGCAAGACCUAUUAUUGAUUCUGUUCUUGAAGGUUACAAUGGAACUAUUUUUGCAUAUGGACAAACUGGAACAGGCAAAACUUUUACCAUGGAAGGUGUUCGAGCUGUUCCUGAACUUAGAGGAAUCAUUCCCAAUUCAUUUGCUCACAUAUUUGGUCAUAUUGCAAAAGCAGAGGGUGAUACAAGAUUUUUGGUUCGAGUGUCAUAUUUGGAAAUAUAUAAUGAAGAAGUUCGUGACCUUUUGGGCAAGGAUCAGACACAGAGAUUAGAGGUUAAAGAAAGGCCUGAUGUGGGAGUUUAUAUCAAAGAUUUAUCAGCUUAUGUGGUAAAUAAUGCUGAUGAUAUGGAUAGAAUUAUGACACUAGGCCAUAAAAAUCGUUCUGUUGGUGCAACUAAUAUGAAUGAACAUAGUUCCCGUUCGCAUGCCAUCUUUACAAUUACUAUAGAGUGCAGUGAAAAAGGUGUCGAUGGUAAUAUGCAUGUCAGGAUGGGGAAGCUUCAUCUUGUAGAUCUUGCUGGCUCAGAAAGACAAGCAAAAACUGGAGCUACUGGACAGCGCCUGAAGGAAGCUACAAAAAUCAAUCUUUCACUUUCCACCCUUGGUAAUGUAAUUUCUGCCUUGGUUGAUGGAAAAAGCACUCAUGUGCCUUAUCGUAACUCUAAAUUGACUCGUCUUCUUCAGGAUUCUUUAGGAGGAAACUCAAAAACCAUGAUGUGUGCAAAUAUUGGGCCAGCAGAUUAUAAUUAUGAUGAAACUAUUAGUACAUUACGGUACGCCAACCGUGCUAAGAAUAUUAAAAAUAAAGCUAGAAUUAAUGAAGAUCCAAAAGAUGCUCUGCUUCGCCAGUUUCAGAAAGAAAUAGAAGAACUGAAGAAAAAGCUGGAAGAAGGAGAAGAAAUAUCAGGCUCUGAUAUCAGUGGGUCAGAGGAGGAAGAGGAUGAAGAAGGUGAGGUUGGAGAAGAUGGAGAGAAAAGGAAAAAGAGAAGGGGCAGUAGCAGCAGCAGUAGUUCAGACUCCACAUGUUCUGUCAUAGAGAAACCUCUGGAUAAGUUCUUGACUAAUCAAGCAGGUAAAAAGAAAGUUUCUCCAGAUAAGAUGGUUGAAAUGCAAGCAAAAAUUGAUGAGGAGAGAAAAGCACUUGAAACAAAGCUUGACAUGGAAGAAGAAGAAAGAAACAAGGCUAGAGCUGAAUUAGAGAAGCGGGAAAAAGAUCUUCUUAAAGCUCAACAAGAGCAUCAAUCUUUGCUGGAAAAAUUAUCUGCUCUGGAGAAGAAGGUAAUUGUUGGUGGUGUUGACUUGUUGGCCAAAGCUGAGGAACAAGAAAAACUUCUUGAAGAAUCUAACAUGGAGCUGGAAGAAAGGAGGAAAAGAGCAGAGCAGCUUCGCAGAGAACUUGAGGAAAAAGAGCAAGAACGCUUAGAUAUUGAAGAAAAAUAUACCAGUUUACAAGAGGAAGCACAGGGAAAGACCAAGAAAUUAAAGAAAGUUUGGACUAUGCUGAUGGCUGCAAAGUCAGAGAUGGCAGAUCUCCAACAAGAACAUCAGAGGGAAAUUGAAGGCCUACUGGAAAACAUUCGGCAACUUAGCCGGGAGCUUCGACUUCAAAUGCUUGUUAUUGAUAACUUUAUACCUCAGGACUAUCAGGAAAUGAUUGAAAACUAUGUACACUGGAAUGAAGACAUAGGAGAAUGGCAGCUAAAAUGUGUUGCCUAUACAGGAAAUAACAUGAGGAAGCAAACACCAGUACCUGAUAAAAAGGAGAAAGAUCCCUUUGAAGUAGAUCUUUCCCAUGUGUAUCUUGCCUAUACUGAGGAGAGUUUGCGUCAGUCUUUGAUGAAAUUAGAAAGGCCACGGACAUCAAAGGGGAAAACAAAGCCAAAAACAGGGAGAAGAAAGCGUUCUGCAAAGCCUGAGACAGUAAUUGAUUCUUUACUUCAGUAAAUGUUGUAGAGUCAAAGUCACAAUAAAAAUUAGUGAUGUUCCUAUGCCUGGACAAAUCUUUAAUUAAAACACUGAAGACUUCUGUGUAAUUUCAUAUAAUGAAAACUAUCAUAAUAUAAGACUUGGAAACGAUGAUUUGCAUAAUUUUUAAACAUAUACAUUAAGUUAACAUAUUAAAAUUGUACAAUUGAUGAUUGUUCAGAUUGUUAUACUACUCUUGAACUGUACUGUACCAGAAAGUUGGGGGAGCAGUUCAUGCUAUAGAGUUGCAAUUUGAUGUAAUGUAAGUCUGUUAGCUAUUUACCCAACUACUCUAUAUUUAGAUAAAUAAUUUCAAAGUACAGGGAAAAAAAAAGUAUGUCCUGUUUUGCAUGUAGAAAGUAGCAGGUUGAAUUACCCUAUGUUGUGCUGCUGUAUGUGAAUGUUGGGCUGCACAUGUAAGAAAUGACUCUGUCCUAACACCAACCCUGUUGGCCUGUUCAUAUAUAUUUUAUUUUUUAUAUUAAUAUCCAUUGAAUUUAAGUAUGAGAUGACUGAUCUUAUUCAUGUUCUGUAGAAAAUUUUGUAAUUCAAUGGUCAGUCCUCGCAAGUAUACAUUUUGAAACCAAAUAUUGAAAAUAUAUUUCAUUUCGAUCUCUUCUGACCUUUUUUACUACUUUGAGUUCAAUUAAAUACACUUUUUUUUGUUGUUCUGGCUUCAUCUUCUCUUGAAACAUUGAAUUGUACAAACGUAAAGGAGUAUCUUUGCCUGUAUUGUCUAUUUUUAAAAAUUCUCUUUGAAGUAUGAUUUGUGUAUGCUUUCCCUUGUAUAAGUUUUAAAUUUUGAUGGAAAUUACCUAUAUCCCAAUUGAAAAGGGCUUUUAUUUUCCAGAAAAUGCAACUAAGUCAGAAAAAUCUUUUUGAAUCCUUGACCUUUAAAACAUUUUAUUUUUCCAAGUGUUGUGGUGCACACCUGUAAUCUCAGUGACUCAGGAGUCUGCAGCAGGAGGAUCAUAAGUUUGAGGCCAGCCUCAGCAACCUAGCAAGACCCUGUCACAAAAUUUUAAAAAGUAAAUAAAAAGGGCUGGGGAGGUAGCUCAGUAGUAGAGUGCCCCUGGAUUAGAUCCCAGUACCGCAAAACAAAAACUAAACACCACUUUAUUAUUUUUUAAAAUAUUUUAUAAAAGAAAAUAUUUUCUAAAUUUCUUCUAUUGAUAAACCCAGUUGGACCAUAUUCCUCUCAAUAUAAAAAUUAUAUUUAUUUAUUUAUUUCAUAGUAAUCUAAGUAAUAGAUAAUUUGUUUUUGGUUGGCUACUUAACAAAAUUUUAAUUUUUUUUUUUUGUAAAAGUUUUCCUAUUCUUAAACCACUUAGUCUUCUGUGAGUUUUAAAAUUUCAUAAUCAACCCUGACAUGUGUGAGUUGCAAAGGUUUUGAGACUUCUCAAGUUAGGAUUUAUUAAAUUAACAUUAUUUAAAUAAGUUUGAUUAAACAUUAGUUUAAUAAUUAUACUGGGGUGUUAGAGUUGUGUUAGAGUGGUGGUAAGUGGAGGUAGAAUACUGGUGAGGUGGUAGUAAAAAUGUGUCCAUAUGAUUGAAGUACUUUUUGGAAGUGGAGUCCUGAAUGUCCUGUGUGGUAUUUGCUAGGUAAUGAGAACUGCAUUUCACUUGGCAGCAUUUUCUUUGUAGUGUAUGAGAGAGUUAGAAGUAUAUAACUUUGCUCCGAGGGGCAUUGUUUAGGUACUGUGAAGACUUGAGGUGAGUAUGUCUUGUCAAGACUUUAUGUGAGUAGAAUAUCUUGGUAAUUGUAAAAUGUUUUUGAUGAUGCACACUUAACUUUAGUAAUUAGUCUACAGAUAUCUUUACCUGUAGGAAAAAAGUGACCAGUGCUCUUUCUUUUUAAAAGUCCAUGUUUCUAGCCUUCAACAGUUUAUUUAAUAGGAAAGGAAUACCUUUUGAAUUAAGCUUAAAACAUUAUAGAAAUUUAAGCCACAGUAUGUAAAAUAUUUUUUCUAUCCCACCCCAACACAAGAACAAAAAGAAAUCUAUGAAGUGUCAAAUGUUGAGAAAUUCUUGAGCAGCCUGCUUUAGCAAUUUGUUAAAAAAAGAAUUAAUGCUAGAACUGAUUCUGCUAGAUGGACAUUAAAUAUUUAAAUAUACCAAAAUCAAAUAUUCAAGCCAGGUCUGAAUAUCCAUUUGAAUAUAUAGGACACUGACUUCAGAGGUAUUCAUUUAGCUCCAGUCACAGUAGUUCUGUUUUUUUCACAUUUACUGUGUUUUAUUUCACAAAUGAAAUAUUUUAUAAAUUCAGUGUUAAUUUCCUAAAAGAAUAUACACGAACAAAAUUUGCUCAUUAUUUGAAGUAAAUGUGCAGAUUUAAAACAUCACAAAUAUAUAAUAGGUUAUUGAACAAAUAUUCUCUUUCCCUUUAAUUUAAAAAGUAAUAUUUAUUUAUUAAAAGGGGCCUUGCUACCAUGUUUAGUUUAAGUAUGGUCUUCAGUAAACCUUGUAAUUAUAUAUAUAUAGAUAGUUGUAAUUUAAAAUAUAAAAUGGUAUUCCCCAUUUGUGCUUAGAUUCUUGUGAAGUGUAAGAUUCCUUAAGGGGGGUGGGGGACUUCUGCAUCUACACAUUUAUUGCACAAGUAAGAAUUCAUUUGAUAAGCUAUUUCAUGUACUUUUUAGAAAAAGAAUUUUUUUCUUUAAAAAAUUUAACAUUACUUUGGGGGAAGGAAGUGUUAUAAUAUCAUCUGUAACAUGUUUUUUAAAUUAUUAUAGCUUGGGGGUUUUGUUUUUGCUUCUUUUUUUAGUCUGUUUUAAUAUCUUUCCCCUUAAUUCCUUUUUUAAAAUUAGAACAUAAGUAAUUAUACAGUAUAUAGUCAUUAUGUAGUGGCACAUGUGUUCCCCUUAAUUUUUAAGGAAAGUCCCUCUCUUUCCUACAGGGCUGUGAAUUAAGGAAUGGGUAGAGUUUACAUUUAAGCACGCCAGUGUCUGCCCAAUUUCUUAAUGUAUGCAUUUAUUUUCCUUUUUAACUUUUCUUUUUUCGUAAAAUACUACAAGAAAACAUAGAUCUUUUCUAGUGCCUUUGAACUUAACUUUAGUGUAAUUUAAAUCCUUAAUAACUUCAAUAGCAUUACUAACAAUACUGUAUACUGGCCAAAAUUACAAAUUGUACAAGUUUGUUGUGUUAAAUUUAAAAGCCACACUUUCAUGGUAUUUCAUGUAUAAAUUGUAUUUGUUCAAGUUGUAUAUAUCAAUAUUGUAUGUACACAUGCAGCAUGGUUAGAUAAGAAAUAAAAUCUUUUACCUUUAUAAA